GAGAUUUGAGAAGGAAGCUGCUGAGAUGAACAAGAGGUCCUUCAAGUACGCCUGGGUGCUUGACAAGCUCAAGGCUGAGCGCGAGCGUGGUAUUACCAUUGAUAUUGCCUUGUGGAAGUUUGAGACCAACAAGUACUACUGCACAGUUAUUGAUGCCCCUGGUCACCGUGACUUUAUCAAGAACAUGAUUACUGGUACCUCUCAGGCUGACUGUGCUAUCCUCAUUAUUGACUCCACAACUGGAGGUUUUGAGGCUGGUAUCUCCAAGGAUGGUCAGACCCGUGAGCACGCCUUGCUUGCUUUCACUCUUGGAGUGAAGCAAAUGAUUUGCUGCUGUAACAAGAUGGAUGCCACCACACCCAAGUACUCCAAGGCUAGGUACGAUGAAAUCGUCAAGGAAGUCUCUUCAUACCUCAAGAAGGUCGGUUACAACCCUGACAAAAUCCCAUUUGUUCCCAUCUCUGGGUUUGAGGGUGACAACAUGAUUGAGAGGUCCACCAACCUUGACUGGUACAAGGGACCAACUCUCCUUGAGGCUCUUGACAUGAUCAACGAGCCAAAGAGGUCAUCAGACAAGCCCCUCCGUCUCCCACUUCAGGAUGUGUACAAGAUUGGAGGUAUUGGAACUGUGCCUGUGGGACGUGUUGAGACUGGUGUCUUGAAGCCUGGUAUGGUUGUCACCUUCCGUCCUACUGGUCUGACCACUGAAGUUAAGUCCGUUGAGAUGCACCACGAGACCACUGAAGUUAAGUCCGUUGAGAUGCGCCACGAGUCUCCCAGAGGCUCUCCCUGGUGACAAUGUUGGUUUCAA